UAGGGCGGCGCGUGACGUCUGGCGGUGACGUUUGACGGCGGCAGCGCGGCGGCGGCCGCCCCCCUCCCAAGAUGGCGUCGCUGCUGCAGUCGGAGCGGGUGCUGUACCUGGUGCGCGGCGAGAAGGAGAUGCGGGCGCCGCUGUCGCAGCUGUACUUCUGCCGGUACUGCAGCGAGCUCCGCUCCCUGGAGUGCGUCUCGCACGAGGUGGACUCUCACUACUGUCCCAGCUGCCUGGAAAACAUGCCUUCAGCUGAAGCCAAACUGAAAAAGAAUAGGUGUGCUAACUGCUUUGACUGCCCCUGCUGCAUGCAUACCCUUUCCACCCGGGCCACGAGCAUUCCUGCUCCACUUCCCGAUGACCCGGCCAAGACUACCAUGAAGAAAGCAUAUUAUUUGGCUUGUGGAUUUUGCCGCUGGACUUCCCGGGAUGUUGGCAUGGCAGACAAGUCUGUUGCUAGUGGUGGCUGGCAGGAGCCGGAGAAUCCUCACACGCAGAGGAUUAACAAACUGGUUGAGUACUACCAGCAGCUGGCUCAGAAAGAGAAGAUCGAGCGGGACCGGAAGAAGCUGAUGCGACGCCGCAGCUACGUGCCCCUAGCCUUUUCGCAACACACUAUACACGUAGUGGACAAAUAUGGCCUUGGAACCAGGCUUCAACGCCAGAGGCCAGGAGCACCGAUCAGCGCCCUUGCUGGACUCUCCCUGAAAGAAGGAGAGGACCAGAAGGAGAUCAAGAUUGAGCCAGCUGAUGCAGUGGAAGAAGUGGAACCUCUUCCUGAGGAUUACUACACAAGGCCAAUCAAUCUGACAGAAGUGACGACUCUGCGUCAGCGUCUGCUGCAGCCUGACUUCCAGCCGAUUUGCGCUUCCCAGCUCUACCCACGUCAUAAGCACCUCCUGAUCAAACGUUCGCUGCGCUGUCGGAAAUGUGAACAUAACCUGAGCAAACCAGAAUUCAAUCCAACAUCUAUCAAAUUCAAGAUCCAGCUGGUUGCUGUUAACUAUAUCCCUGAAGUGAGAAUCAUGUCUAUUCCCAACCUGCGCUACAUGAAGGAGAGCCAAGUCCUUUUGACUCUGACCAAUCCAGUAGAGAACAUCACGCAUGUCACGCUGCUGGAGUGUGAGGAGGGAGACCCUGACAAUAUCAACAGCACUGCCAAGGUGGCUGUUCCUCCCAAGGAGCUUAUUCUGGCUGGCAAAGAUGCUGCAGCAGAAUAUGAUGAACUGGCAGAGCCUCAAGACUUUCAGGAUGACCCUGAUGUUAUUGCCUUCAGAAAAGCCAAUAAGGUAGGCGUUUUCAUCAAGGUCACCCCACAGAAAGAAGAGGGCGAAGUGACCGUGAGUUUCAAGAUGAAGCACGAGUUUAAAAACCUCGCUGCUCCAAUCCGGCCCAGCGAGGAAGGUGAUCAUGCCUCAGAGGUCAUCUGGCUCACCCAUCAUGUGGAGCUCAGCCUCGGUCCAGUGCUCCCAUAAACGCUCCCAAUGCUUGCGCCCCGACAGCUGGCCGCAGGAUGGACUGUCACAGUGAAGAAAGCACCUGGUGAAAUGUUCUGUGAGAGCUCCUUUGUGAUGUGUGGGUGUGUGCCACAGGCCCCGGCCGGGUCAUGAGGAGGUGGUUGAGGUGCCGUGGUUUGGGAUGGUUUGUUCUCUCUCUUCUUGUUGUAGUGCCCACUAACUACCGCUCUGCUUCCCCACACCGCCAUGGGCUAGUUUAACUCGCAGCACGUGUUUCAACACAGAGAAAGAUCUCGCUUUCUCCAGAUUUGCACUACACCUGGCUGAAUUUGGUUUUAUCAACACGAGAAAACCCUAUUGUUUAUUUCUUCAUGUCAGCCCACAAACCUGAUGUUACAUGCUCAAUAGUGAACAACUUCUUUGCACGCAGAGCUAUGUCCUUCCCAGACAAACAUUUUAAGAGGUGGCCGUGUCUGCUGUGUUACUGGCAAGUUACUGGCAGCAGCACGAUGCUUGCUUUUGGUUUUCUGCUUCCUCAUAGAAUACUUCAGCUGUGGGGGAUUGGGACAUAGAAUGCUGCCACUCUGGCAUACAUAGCUUGCUUAGCCGAGGUGAUAGAUCUGUUAUCACAAAGGACAUGAUCAGUUUGCAUUUAAACUCAAACUGUAGUGUAUUGUAGUGUUCAUGGAUUUGACUGGCAGCUGAGCUUGCUGUCAGCCUGCUGUUGUGCAGGUCGAUGUGAUGGCAUGAUGCGCUGCAAGCUGGGAAUUCAGGUUCUGCUACAGCUCUUGACUGAGGCAGGCAUGCUCCAGAGGCUGCCUGGCAGUCUUCACACCAGUAAACCUGUGUUAAUAGGGGUAGUGAUCAGAGUAUGAAACCUGGAGAGUUACGAUUAGGUCUGGUAUACAUAAAAAUACAGAAGCUGUUUGAGUUCAUACUCUUUUUUUCCUGUUAGGGUGGGUGGCAGGGAGGUAUAAAGGUGGAAGGACAGUUAUAUGUUAACUAGCAUACACUGUACUGUUAGGUAACUCUUCUAGGGUGUAAUUUGGCUGUAGUCCAAGCUAAAAUCAGUAAUUAAUAGCAGCGUAUGCAGGGCACUGAAUUACUAGUUACUGCAUAGCUUAGUGCAAGCAGGUGAGAUCUCUCUUCCUGCAGUGCAUUCCCAGUUCAGACAUUGACCUUUGUUAAACAUUUGUGAUGGGCUUUGAUGUGCUGUCAUGCUGCGAAGGGUGUGAAUAGCAGCCGGUUCUGCCAGCCUGGGUCUGCGCAUCCUCUGCUCGGCCGGGCGGGAUGUGACUGCCUGCUCUUGGGGGAGGUGGUGCAGUACCCGAAAACCUCUCCCUUGGUGCGAGGAACCUCGGUGUGCCCGGGGUGGCACGCACCUUGCAGCCUAGAUCCUGCAGCAGGUCUCUGAGCAGCGAGGCGUCCUGUUUACAACUUCACGUAGGUGACGCGCAGAUGCACAGCAUGAGUUUAAGACUUGUAGUUCGUAGUUAAUGUGUAGUGCUAGCCCCUGCUGCGGCUUUACCUGUCCAGGUAACAGAGCACUUAACCUUUGGCCGCCACUUUUCCUCUCCAGUAGCCGAAACAGGCGCUAUACUUGUGACACUAAUAGGGAAACAAGUUUUCCAGGGGCGAGCUGGGCCUUUCUCACUAGGAAUAAAAAGGUGCAUUGAUUCAUGGUAUUCUGAGAGGUCUAAUUAGCUCGGUGAGUUGUUUUUUUCCCUUCCCGUAGGUGCUUGUAGGCGACAGGAAAGGUGUCGGCAUGUCCCUGCUCCCUGGCGCGUGCCCCUCCGUCUGCCCCUUCCCGACAGGCGGCUGUUGCCUUAUGCUUGACGUCGUGUAGUGACCCUCAAUAAAGCAAACGUGGCUCUCGGA